GAGACGUCUCGGAACGUCACGGAGGCGGACGCGGUGAAGGUGAAACGGAAGCUCUUCUCACCCGUCGACGGGUCAUGGAUAGGCGUCUGGACCCAUGGGCUGGGCAGGGAUCCUGAGGGCCGGAGUGCUUUGAACAGAAGAGAAGCGCCGCGCUCCAUCGCCGGGUGUAGAGAAUAACAUGAGACUGUCAAAACGCUGCGGACCCCACAGGCAUUUGCCUGUGUCUCUGAUGUUGUUAGGCUUGCUGAGCUUGGCAGGGGUCAUUUUGCUGCUGUUCGAGACAGAGGAAGCCAAGCCUCUGGACUGGCCUGUCAACCCUGAACAUGUGCAGCUUGUGCAUACGUACGUGCGCAGCGUUCUCGCAGGAGAGUGUCGUUCAGGCAAUGCGAGGGAGAGCUUGUUUGAUCGACUUCCUUCCUCCAGUCAUAUAACUCAGCCCUUCCUGUGGAAGGACUCCUCUCUUUCUGACGACCUCUUCCUCUUGCCACCCCCCUUCGGAUUCAGAGGCCUCAGAGACAAAGUGGAGGAGCUUCUGAAGCUGCUGCCAGACUCCAAAUCGGUCCAGCCCGCCAGAGAUGGGAAGAAAUGUAGCCGCUGUGUGGUCAUUGGGAAUGGGGGUAUCCUGAGAGGGCUGGCCCUGGGCACACUCAUCAACCGCUUUGACAUCGUCAUCAGGUUAAACAGCGGUCUUCUGGGAAAAUUCACAGAUGAUGUUGGAAAUCGAACCAACAUCAGGAUGAGUUACCCUGAGGGCACCCCGCGCCACUGGGAAGACAAAGACACAAACACCCAGUUUGUAGCUGUGGUUUAUAAAGCAGUAGACAUUAACUGGAUCUCCGCUAUGAUCAACAGACAUGCUGUGGCCCUGUGGGACUGGCUGUUCUUCUGGCAGAAGGUUCCGGACCAAAUCCCCUUGGAGCCCAAAAGGUUUAGAGUUUUAAACCCGCAAGUCAUAAAAGUGACAGCAAUGGACCUCCUGCACUACCCUCCACCUAAGCUGCGACUAUGGGGCUUGGACUCGAAUGUCCCUACCCUUGGCGUCUCUGCACUGACCUUAGCCAGUCUGCUGUGCGAUGAGGUGAGUCUGGCAGGCUUCGGUUACAACCUCUCCCAACAGGGGGUGCCGCUGCACUACUAUGACAGCCAGCCCAUGGCAGCCAUGCUGAAGCAGACGAUGCACAACGUGGACAGAGAGAGGCGGCUGCUGCAGAGUCUGGUGAAAGACGGGGCUGUUACAGACCUGACGGGGGGACUUCACUGCUCCUUCUGUCUCACCUAAAGGAGCUCCGUCCCCACGCGGAUGAGGAGAAUGACUUAGAACAGUGGAGAAGUAUGAGUGAGAAAGAGAAACUCCCCAUGAAAAAGAGCUAAAACUGUCUGACAGAGACAUUUUCAUGGAGAAAGAGAGGGAAAAAAGGUAGGAAGGAACACUGGAGUUAAUAUUUAUUUAUAGAACACGGAGCAAAAAAAAAACCUUUUCACAAAGUACAUUUCAGAAAACAAAGGACGCACUUACAGAUGAGAUCUUGAAGAGUGAAAGAAGAAAAAAACAGCUUUGAACGAAGAUAACAGAUUUGAAAGUAUUAAAUUAAGUUUUCUUUAUUAAUCCUCUUCGGGAAAUUCAUUUACUGCACAUUAAUCCAUCCUGGCUGUGAUCUGUGUAGCUAGGACCAGCGGGCUGCCGCCUUCAUGCUGCGCCCAGGAACCAACCAGUUCUUCUCCCAUUGCCUCACUCAGGGGCACAGACAGGAGUAUAAACCCUAACAUGCAUGUUUCUUUUGAUGGUGGGGGAAACUGGAGCACCCGGAGAAAACCCACUGCAGUCACGGGGAGAACAUGCGAACUCCUCACAAAGGAUGACCUGGGGUGACCCCCCCCCCAAGGUCGGACGACCCUGGGGUUCGAACCCAGGACCUUCUUCUUGUGAGGUGACAACGUUAAGCACUGGGCCACUCUGCCGCCCAAGUAGGCCUCCGUAACAGAGAGAUGAGAUCAUUUCACCUUCCGUGCUUGAGUUCAAAAAUGAUGUUCAAGUAAGCGACUCAUAAAUGACAGAGCCUUCAUUUUUGUUACUUCUUAAUGUUGUCAUACAAUCACUCAUAUACAUUUCGAUCCAAAAACCUUACACUAACACAAGUGCAUAGCUUACUCGGUGCAGGUGUCUGUGCAAGAAGUGAAACCAUGUUUGGUGUGGUUGGGGUUCAGGUUGUGUGUUCCUGCUUGAGCCUCACAGAACUACACACACCUCCCCACUUGCACCCAGUGAUGUGUGGUGAAAUCUUUGCCUGGGUAGGCAGUGACCUAUUAAUGUGGCAUAUGUCUACAUUUAGUUAACACAGCAGCCCAAGCUCAUGUUACGCAUGGAUAGAUAAAAUAUAGCCUACAUUAGUUCGGCUAUAAAUCAAUAAAUAGGCCUACUGCAAAGUCAGUCAGAUGCGGUGCUAAUGCACAAUUACACCUAAUCAAUAGACACAUCUAGUGUGUCUGUUGAUUAGGUUCACACACCCUGUUCCGUCAGGACAUGGUGAGAGGGCGUCCAAGUAGCGUAGCAGUCUAUUCAGUUGCCUACCAACAUGGGGCCCGCCAGUUCGAAUCCCCGUGUUACCACCGGCUUGGUUGUGCGUCCCUACAGACAAUUGGUUGUGUCUGGAGGUGGGGAGCCAGAUGUGGGUGGGUGUCCUGGUCGCCGCACUAGCGCCUCCUCUGGUCGAUCGGGGCGCCUGUCAAGGGGGGAGGGGGAAUGGCGUGAUCCUCCCAUGCGCUAAUAGACAGCGCGGAACACUCGAAGCACACUUGACUGCCAGACCGACAGACAGAGCAAUAGUUGGGGCGAAUUAAGUUAAUAUUAGCUAGCUAGUGAUAGCAAUAGCGGUAGGGGUCGGAUUAGGGUUAGGGUUAGGGUUACAGUCCGAUCUGGCAAUGUUAAGGUCAGUUGUAAGCUAGCUAGCUAAAUGUUUCAGUGGACAUUAUUUGUUUCAAGUCAGUGUGCUUCAAGGUUCCGCACUGUGUAUUUGCCAACACAACAGCCAAUCACGGCUACUUCCGUGCCUACACCCCGUUGGAUCUAGCAUCAACCAAGAGCUGAGGCAGGGUCGGUCUUUGCCUCGUUGUUGGUCAUUCAACACAGUGUGGGAACCAGCUACGCAUGCACAAAUCUAUGAAAAUGGUGGCAUUUGCGCCAAA